CAUAGCUGCACGGUAUAUACGAAUGUAUACAUAUAUAGCACUAUGAACAUAUUAAACAACCGCUUCGCGGUGGCUUGUUUUGAAAUAUAGGUUAUGCUUCGAAACGACUCUUAACAAUGAGUUCUAAUAAAAUAUCUUCCAAGUUUGGAAAAAAACCAGAUCCGUACCCGUUAGACAAAGUUCGCUGUCAAAAAUGUUUGGAAAUGGGUCAUUGGAGUUAUGAAUGCAAAGGAAAAAGAAAAUAUCUUCAUCGUACAUCCAGAACAACUCAACUUAAAAAAGUAAUGGAUUCAAAAGCAAUCAAUUCAGAGGAAAAUCAAAAUGGAAAUUCUGAUGAACCUGUUAGUAAGAAGUUUAAAACAGAUACUGAAUCCAAUUCAAGUAAUAGUGAUAGCAGCAGUGAUAGCAGUAACAGCGAUAGCAAUGAUAGCAGUUCUUCUGAUAGUGAAUCAGACUCAAGUGACAGCGUUUCUAGCAGCAGUUCCAGCAGUAGUAGUGAUUCUAGCAGUAGUAAAUCUAGUAGUAGCACCGAUGGUUCUAGAAAAAAAAACUCUAAUUCCCCAAAAAAAAAGAAAAAGCAAUGA